AUGUCUUUUUUCAUCUUCUCUAUUGUUCUAGGCGUUCUCUCUUCGGCCUUCUUCUUGUUUUCUUUGAAAAGAUGGAAGUUUUUCGUAAGAAAGUCCGAAUUUUUACAACUUCCGACAGUUCCAGAGGUACCAGGUAUACCAUUGAUAGGAAACUUGCUACAGUUGAAAGAGAGAAAACCACACAAGACAUUCACCAAAUGGGCAGAGAUUUAUGGACCAAUAUAUUCCAUCAAGACCGGCGCUUCUAAACUCAUCGUUAUAAGUUCUAGCGACAUUGCGAAAGAGGCCAUGGUGACGAGGUUUGCGUCCAUAUCCACAAGGAAGCUACCAAGGGCAAUGAAAAUUGUUAGUAAUGACAAAGGCACACUUGCUACAAGUGACUACGAUGACUUCCACAGGAUGGCCAAGCGAUUUAUGAUGUCAACCCUUUUGAGUGCUAAUGCGCAGAAACGAUCUAGAUGGAAUAGAGAUACUUUGGUUGAGAACUUGUCAACCCAGUUGCAUGCACAUGCCAAGAGCUUCCCUGACCAGCCUAUAAAUUUUAAGAAACUAUUUCAGUCUGAGCUUUUUGGAUUCGCAAUGAGACAGGCUUUUGGGAGGGAUGUGGAAUCUGUUUAUGUGGAGGAGCUUGGAAGAAGUUUAUCAAGAAAAGAGAUACUGAAAGUUCUAGUUUUGGAUAUGAUGGAGGCUGGAAUCGAAGUGGAUUGGAGAGAUUUCUUCCCAUAUCUUAAAUGGCUUCCAAACAAGAGCUUCGAAAUUGAUAUCCAAGAAAAGAAUUUUCGCAGGUUUGCGGUGAUGAAUGCCCUUAUCAGAGAACACAAGGAAUUGACUGGUUCAGGAGAGCAGGAUGUUGUGGGUUGCUAUCUUGAUGUGUUACUGUCAGAAGGAAGAUCUCUUACAAAUGAACAGAUUGUUAUAUUACUUUGGGAGACAAUUGCUGAGGCAUCAGACACAACCUUGGUAACAACUGAAUGGGCCAUGUAUGAAAUUUCCAAAGAUAAUACCAGACAGGAAGUUUUAUAUGAAGAACUCCAAAGUGUGUGUGGGAUAGAGAAGAUUAAAGAGGAACAAUUAUCCCAACUUCCAUAUCUGAAUGGUGUAUUCCAUGAGACUUUGAGGAAACACAAUCCAGCUCCUCUGGUUCCAUUACGUUAUGUCCAUGAAGAUACCCAAUUAGGAGGCUAUUAUAUUCCUUCCGGAUGCGAGAUUGCUAUAAACAUCUAUGGAUGUAAUAUGAACAAAAGACAAUGGGAGAGUCCUGAAAAGUGGAUACCAGAGAGGUUUUUAGAUGAGAAAUUUAAUAUCAUUGACUUGCAAAAGACAAUGGCGUUCGGUGCAGGAAGGAGAGUUUGUGCAGGUGCUCUUCAAGCAAGUUUGAUUGCCUCCACAGCAAUUGGUAGAUUAGUACAAGAAUUUGAGUGGAGUUUAAAAGAUGAAGAGAAAGAGGAUGUCAACACCCUUGGCCUCACCUCUCAAAAGCUCCAUCCUUUACAUGCAAUCAUAAAACCCAGAGAUUAA